AUGAGUGCAGGAAGCCAAUGCUUAUCAACCGCAAACACAUGCCUAUAUCAGGUGAUCUAUGGAGACGAGUCCUACACCAUUGGGUUUUUCUCCAAAGACAAGCUGACCUUAACUCCCGACGACGUAUUCGAUGGGUUCCUCUUUGGCUGCGGCCAAGAAAACGUAGGCUUCCAGGACGGCUCGGCCGCUUUACUUGGUCUCUCCCGCGACAAGUACUCUAUAGUCGAACAAACCGCGGAGAAGUACGGCAGGUCAUUCUCCUACUGUCUGCCACCGACCGCAAGCUCCACCGGUUACCUCACCUUCGGCAGUCCCACCGGAGCUUCCAAUGCCGCCAUAAAAUACACACGGCUCACUACUUUAUCCUCUAGCUCAACUUAUUACGGCCUUAACCUGGUUGGGAUCAAUGUGAACGGGCAAAAGCUUUCAAUUCCUGCUUCAGAGUUUUCGUCUCCGGGGACGAUAAUUGACUCCGGGACUGUCAUAUCACGGCUGUCGCCCACCGCCUUCAGCGCUUUGCGCGACGCGUUUCAGGUAGAGAUGAAAAGCUAUCCUUCAGUUCCGGGGGAUGGAUUCCUGGAUACAUGCUACGACCUCAGUGGCUAUCCAACGGUGACGUAUCCGAAAAUAGAGUUUGCGUUCGGCGACGGGGUUAUGUUGACUUUGGACGCAACUGGAAUCGUCUACCUUGCGGACGGGACAAUGAAGCAGGUUUGCUUGGCUUUUGUUGGGAAUGAUGAUGCAGAUAAGGUCACGAUUUUCGGAAAUACUCAGCAGAAGAAUAUGGAGGUAUUGUAUGACGUCGCCGGAGAGAGAGUCGGAUUUGCUCCAGGUGGUUGCUGA